CGUUUCUCUAAAAGAAGAAGAAACUGAAGAUAGAAAGUGGAAAAAUGGCGAUGAAAUCAAAAACUGGUAUUGCUGCUGUUGCUUUAACAACAUUUGCAUCAAUAUUUGUUGUUAUAUCUUUUUGCACACCUUACUGGUUAGUUAAUGAUGGUCAAAUAGAGGAUCCGAAGUUUAUAAGGAUUGGACUUUGGGAAGUCUGCUUCAGAAAUUUCGAAGACUUUAGACACCACUACGACUACCGUUUCACAGGCUGCUGGUGGGUGUUUGAAGAAGAAUACUACAUCAUAUUCGAUUUUCUUCUACCAGGUUUCUUUAUUGCCACCCAAUUUUUCUUCACCCUCUGCCAAACUUUAGUACUAGUUGGUGCCUUCCUCACAUGGAUGUAUUGCUUCUGCAGCCGAGACCACGACAAAUAUCUCCUUCUUUUGUUGAGUAAUGGGUCAAUUUUGGCGUUAGCUGGAUUCUGUGGAUUCAUUUCUGUCUGCAUAUUCGGCGCAAAUGGGGAUAACCGUGACUGGAUGCCUCAUUGGCAACACAACGACCUGAGCUGGUCGUACGCUUUCGGCGUUAUUGGUUCGCUUUUGUUAAUGCCCGCAGGUGCCUUAUUUUUGGUCGAAGCUAAGAGAACGAGGUACAGGAGAUUUGGAGGUAGCACGCACGGACAACCACCUGCUCAGUAUACCAUGGAGGAACCACGAAAACCGUCCGCGCCCCACCACACCGACAUAUAGAUACAUUUUGUAAUGAAUGACGACUUUAUAGGUUUAAGAUAGAUUUUAUUUUUAUGCGAAAUAUGUACAUUUACGUCCAAAACUGCCGUUUAGUGGAUGAUGGUUCUUUUGCAAUGGAGGUAUGUAGAAUAUUCUGUCAGAAUAUUUUUAAGAGUGUUCAUAUGUUGUGUUUUUUGUAUAAUCCCUAAAAAUGGAAAGGGCAAUAAGUAUGAGAUGUAAGUGAAGAAUCGUUCUGAUUUUUUUCUCUCUUUCUCUCAUGUGUAUUAAGUUGGAAAUCUGUGAAAGUAGCAACUUAGGUUAUUGCGGUUAUAAAUAGAGGGAUAGGACGAAAGAUAUGUACGCAUUUAAAACAUCGAAUUAUUUAAAAUUUUGUAAGAAGGAUUUAGUCAAUUUUUAAAAUAAUAGGACCAGUCUUUUCAUCUUUGAGUAAUGAUGAUUGUAAUUAUUUGCUCAUUAGGCUAUAGUUUCCUAAUCUGGUACAUGUAAUUUUACUCAAGAGCUGGAAAACAGAUGUAGCAAUGAUGCAUCCAAAUUUAGUGAUUGGAAGUUUCAUCUUUGCUUCAUACUAAGCAAAUAUAGCAGCCCAGUGUACUACCCUAGAGAGAGUGACAUACCUGCUUAUUGCUACUUUUGUUUACAUCUUUAUAAGACUACUUGCAAUUACAAUCAAAAAAUGCUUUAGGACAAUAUAAUCACCUCAUAUUCUUGAGAUUUUUUAUAUUUGUGUAAUUGACAAAUGUCUAUUAAAACUUUUCACUCAUUAAAUAUUAUGCACAAAUACUUAUUAAAGUCUAUAUAACAUAAUAUUAUCCUUAAAAAAUGCUCUUUUAGGCAGUUUUUUUCCAUAGUUUUUGAAUAAGUGGAAUACAAAUAGAAGCAUUCUUAAGUGUAACGAAACAUCUGCUUACAAUUAUCUACUUUGUUUAUUUAAAAACGUUUUAUUAACUUGAAAAUAUUUGCAAAUAUGUUAAUUUGACCUAUCCUAGACAUGACUGUUCAUGAAUCAUUUCAUUAUUAGAUUUAUUAAUUGCAUUACAACGUCCUAGUGUUUAGGCUUCUCUAAAGCAAGUUUCACACCGUGCACUUCUAUUUUCUCUUUAAAAGGUAGAUUUUUUUUAAGUAUAGACAAAAUUAUUUUCUUAGGAUAAUCAAAGUAAGGGCCAGUCUUUUCACUUCUGAGUAAGGUUGAAACUGAUUAAAUUAAAGAGCAAUUCUUUGUCAAUCUGUCAAGUAAAUCUACAUGUAACUUUACUAAGAGGUGAAAAGAUCGGCCCUUAACCUAUUUAAUUUCUCGUUAAUUAAAACAGGAUUGGACUGGGAUACUAGUAACUGACAUUUUUAUUUUUAAACAACGAAUAAGUGGAAAUUGUAUAAGGAAAAGAUGAAAAUAUUAUUGACAUGACAUACAUUAAGAGUAGAGACUCUUAAAUAAUUGCUUAGCUUAAGUUAUUGUACAGUGUAAUGUUUUUUUAUGUCAUUAUAUACUUUGUUUUUAUAAAAAUAUUCUUUUUGAUAAAGCACUUAUAUAAAAGAUAUAAUUAGCCUCGAAAAGAGAAUUAACAUUUAAAAAAAAUAUGUAGGUCGUUUUAAUUAUUUAUGGUUUUGCAUUUAUAUAAUUUGAAUCUUAAUAUAUGAAUCUCUUUUUUGAUAUUUAUUUUUUUAUAUAUAUUAUUAUAUGCAGCUAAUUUAUAACGUGUGGUUUAAUUAUAAGUUUUUUUCGUUAUUUAAAAGUAUUUUGGGAUAAUAAACGUUGUAGUUUCACCAAUAGAGUUUAUAGGUAUUUAAUUUUACACAAUAACAAUCUUGUUAUAAAAAAUAAUUUUUAUAGACUACAAACCAGAUAGAGGAAACUUAAGGGUUGAUUUUACCUACAAUUUAAAUUUUACUAUCUGAAAGCAUAGCUUUAGGUCCUAUAUGCCGUACAUUUUCCAUCCAGGACCGGAUUUUUUUUAUGAAAUAAAAAUUUAAAGCAUUUCUUACGUAAAAAUAAUGUCUUCAGAGAGUAUAACUUAAAGUUACCAUAAAAAUUAAGUUAAAUUUAGCAAUAGACUGACCCAAUAUUUUGCUACUCCGCACAUAUUGGCUCAUAUAAAAUGGUAAAAAAUUCAAUGUAUAAAACUUGUGGAAAAAUUCAUUUUUAUUAAAUAAAUACAACUGGUUGGAAGUGAAAUAUAUAUUAUAUUUUUUUUAUGAACAUGUUCAUCUCCUCGACAUGAUUUUCAAGAGAUAUAACACUUUAUAACAAUAUAUACAGUUGCAGACUAAAAUUACCCUUUAGUAGAAAACAAGAAUAGUUUUUGAUUAUUUUUAUACUCUCUAGUACCAAUAUUUUUGUACGGCAGGUUUUUUCUAUAAGUAUUUCAAAAAUUACUUAACAAAUGCCAUCAAUUUUUAUUAGCUAAAAAAAACCGGUCCUGUUUAGUUAAAUUUAUGGAAAAUUGACGGCACAGUGCAUAAAGUUAUGCUUUUAAAAAAUAAUACUUUGAUUGUGGGUACAAACCCACCCCCUAAGCUUUCCAUAUCUAUCGUGUAGUCUCUAACUUUCACUCAUUGAAAAAUAUUGUAGGAAAAUUGGUAUUUAAAUUUGAUGAAGGUUUUUGCAUCAUUAUAUUAACACACUGACGGACCCAAAAAGGAAAUUCACAAGUAAUUGAAAGAAUUGUUGGCACCAGCCUAAUCAAAACUCUAGAAAAUAUGUGUCUGUAUUUAUAAGAUAUAGGACUACUCGUAUAAUAGAAGUACAGCAAAAAAUGUAUAUGUAGUCCUGUUUAUAAUUAAAAAAACAACAAAUAUGUUCUAGUGUUAAGUAGGAAAAAAAUAUGUGUAUGUAAAAGAAAGUAAGAAAAAAUACCAUUUUUAGUUUCUAAAACAUUUACCUGGACAAAAGGGUAUCUGAAUACCUAAAAAGUCCCGCCACAAUAAAAGUUGUUGGUCUAUACAGGCCGCGCCGAAGAGAUGCAGUGAUCGCUAGCACAUCAACCUAAAAUGAGUGUCCGAUUUCCGUCUGAAGAUCAUCAACAAUAGAUGAGCUAACAACUAGGGGAGUGUGUUAAUUUAUCAGUUCAAAGCUGACCGUUGACCGAAAAAUAUGCACGGUUCAUAUUAAUCUACGAAAACCUGCUUUUCUGGCCUAUAAUCUGGUGAAAUUGGCUUCGAGAUAGAAGACGCAGCCUUUAAAACAUGUUGAUCACGCAGUUUUUUCUUCGGGCGCGUCAACUAUAGUGGGACAUCUAAAAGUGUAGUAUACAAUCAUAUAGAUAGGAACAACUGAUUGCUAUUGCAGUACAUGUUGCCCUAAAACACAUAAGAAAGUAAGCUGCUUCUGAAGUUAUUGUCUUCCCAAGAUAAUUAUUAGUUAACUGCUAUUAUGGCAGUCAUUGUCCGUCAAUGUGUUAAGGAUUAAUACAACCAGAAUAUUUUAAUUUGCGAACACGCGAUGUAUUAUUUUUUUGAAUCUGCUCUCCGUCCAUUUAUACAAAGUACUAUAUUUAUACCAAGUAUUUUUGAUUGCUUAAAGUAGCACAUUUAUUUUUACCUGCGAUAUGCAAGACUGUUUCCAAAACAGAGUGUCUUUUGUUAAUUUUUGUACAAAAUAAAGUAUUUUUUAUAUAUUA